CAACUUCCGGCAGAUCUCGCCAAUCCUCUGCUGCCCAGAGAAAGCUGCGCGGCGGCGGGUGGAAGGUCGAUUAGGAAACUAUUAGCUGCCGGCUCGGCAUGUGGUGCCCCGGCCCAGCUGCAGUGGUGGCCUUUUGCGCCGGACUUUGGCUCUCUAACCCUCGACCCCUACAGGGCCAGGUGGCCGGGGACCGGCUAGGACCCGACUGUGAAGUAUGUAGAGAAUUCUUGAACAGAUUCUACAACUACUUGAUAGCCAGAAGCAUCGACUUUUCCCUGGACACUAUAGAAAAAGAAUUGAUCAGUUUCUGCUUGGAUGUCAAAGGAAAAGAAAACCUCUUGUGCUACUACCUGGGAGCCACAAAAGAUGCAGCCACCAAAAUCCUUGGUGAGGUCACUCGCCCGAUGAGUGUGCAUAUGCCUGCCACCAAGAUCUGUGAGAAGCUAAAGAAAAUGGACAGUCAGAUCUGUGAACUGAAAUAUGAAAAAACACUGGACUUGGCAUCCAUGGACCUGCUGAAGAUGCGAGUGGCAGAGCUGAAACAGAUCCUGGUCAUCUGGGGAGAAGACUGUAGGGCCUGUGCAGAGAAGGCUGACUAUGUGAAUCUGAUCAAGAAACUUGCCCCCAAGUAUGCAGCGACACACCCUCAAACAGAACUCUGACCCUCUGAUCCUGGACACACUGUUGACUGUAAUUAGAGACAAAAUGACUCUAGGAUGAACACUUUAGUUAAGGGUAACCAGGAACUGCAUGGUAUGUUGAUGGUCCACACUUCCUGACUGGAGAUUACUCCUCAGAAUGAGUUACUUGGAUUUCUAAGUUAAACUUUAUCAAUGUUUCACGUUUGCAGUGCCCUCAUACAUAUAAGUGCCUUUUUCAUAAAGUUGUAAAGACUAUUUAAGUUAACAUUACCUAGCUCCUAAAACUGGGAGAAGUCAGCCACUGAAAAAUCACUGGAGGAAAUUGAAUCUAAAAGAAAAAGUUCUCAGAGACCCCUUCGUAUGCAUGGCUAAUUUUUAAUUUUUAAAUAGGAAAGCUAUUUAAUAGAUAAUUAAAAAUAUCAUUUUAUUCUGAAUUUAGAACAGUUAAUGUAAUUUUAGUAAAGUAGGAGAAUAAAGAUGCACAAUAAAGAAAAGUCAUAUCUAACUAACAACUAGAAAGAACUCCAUCUAGUUCUUUUCUAUGUGAUGUCUGCACUCAUUUUUAAUUAUAUAUAUUGGACUAGCACAAAAGAAAAAAAUUGACUAUCUUCCAACUUAGACCCCACAGUAACAUGGCAUAAGCAAAAUUUUAAUUAAUUAAUUAAUUAAUUAAUUAAUUAUUUCUUUGCCUCCAGGGUUAUGGCUGGGGCUCAGUGCCAGCAGUACGAAUCCUCUGUUCCUGGAGGCUAUUUUUUCCCUUUUGUUGCCUUUGUUGUUUAUUAUUAUUGUUAUUGCUGUCAUUGUUGUUGGAUAGGACAGAGAGAAAUGGAGAGAGGAGGGGAAGACAGAGAGGGGGAGAGACAGAUAGACACCUGCAGACCUGCUUCACCAUUUGUGAAGCGACCUCCCUGCAGGUGGGGAGCCGGGGGCUCCCAACGAGGAUCCUUUAGCAGGUCCUUGCGCUUUGCACCAUUUGUGCUUAAUCUGCUGCACUACUGCCCAGGCAACCCUUUUUUAAUUUUUUAUAAAGGUCUACAUUGCCAAGUUUAAAUCACUUGUAGCUUUCUCUAGUGUCAGAAAUGAAAGGCAGGAGGAAUUCUGAUUAGUUGUGAUCUGUUUCAUUUAUAAAGAAGAACUAUCUUAACCUAUUUAAAGAGAAUAGGGAGCUGGGCAGUGGCAAACCCGGUUAAGCACUCAUAGUACUAUGCACAAGGACCCUGGUUCAAGCACCCCACUCCCCAUCAGCAGUGGGGACACUUCACAAGCUGUGAAGCAGGUCUGCAGGUGUCUUUCUCUCUACCUCCCUCUUUUUAAUUUUUUAACUUUUUGUAUUAUCUUUAUUUGCUGGCUAGAGACAGCCAGAAAUCGAGAGGGAAGGGGCUGAUAGAGAGGGAGAAAGACAGACACCUACAACACUACUUCACCACUUGCAAAGCUUUCCUCCUGGAGGUGGGGACUGGAGGCUUGAACCUGGUUCCUUGCACAUUUUAACAUGCUCAACAUUUUAUGCUCAACCAAGUGCACCACCACCCAGAACCCCACUCUCUCUUGCCCACCCUCCCUCAAUUUCUCUCUGUCCUAUAGAAUAAAAUAGAAAAAAAAACACCCAGAAACUAUCAGAUACUUAGAGGAAAAUAUUGGCAGAACUCUUUUCCGCAUACAUUUUAAAGACAUCUUCAAUGAAAUGAAUCCAAUUACAAAGAAGACUAAGGCAAGUAUAAACCUAUGGGACUACAUCAAAUUAAAAAGCUUCUUCACAGCAAAAGAAACCACUACCCAAACCAAGAGACCCUUCACAGAAUGGGAGAAGAUCUUUACAUGCCAUACAUCAGACAAGAGUUUAAUAACCAACAUAUAUAAAGAGCUUGCCAAAAUCAACAAUAAGACAACAAAUAACCCCAUCCACAAAUGGGGGGAGGACAUGGACAGAAUAUUCACCACAGAAGAGAUCCAAAAAGCUGAGAAACACAUGAAAAAAUGCUCCAA